CUUAUAUUAUCUUAAUUAUUAUUUAUUAGGUUAUUUGGUUUUUUUUAUAAAAGAACUAUUUAACUAUAUAUAUAUUUAUUUAUUUAUUAAAUUUUUUUUUUUUUAGAUCAAAUAUCAUUUUUUAAAAGAAAAAAAAAUUUAUUUUUAAAAAAAAAUAUUAAUUUAUUUUUAAAAAAAAAAUCAUAUUAUUUUUUUAAUUUUUUUUUUGUGUUGUAUUAUUAUUUGUUAAUUUUUAUAUCAACAUCAAAAAUAUGAAUAAAGAAGAAUAUUCAGAUAUUUCUGAUUCUGAAUCAGAAGAGCAAGUUGAAAACAAUAACGAACACGAAGAAGAAGAUGACACACCAGAAAUUGUUGUACCAGAACGUAAAUUCUUAAAAGAAGAUGAAGAUUACUCUGUACCAUUCCCAGUUAUGCGUGAAUGUUUAGUUCUCCUCUUACAAUCCCGUAGAAUUCUUAGAGAUAUGAUGUAUUACAGAUUCAAAAUGGAUAGAUUCCUUUCUGGUAAUCUUUCAGUCUUUGAAAUUCAAAACUUACUUCAUUCACAAAGAGAAGAUAAAGAAUCUGAUUGGAUUGCUGAAAUUCAAGAAUUAAAACGUAAUUUAGUCAGUGAAGUCAGAAGAAACCACACUUUAGAAAGAGAUCUUAAUCGUCUUGAUAAAAGAAUUGCUCUUUUAAUUAAGAAUCGUGGUAAUAUUCAAGAUGUAUUAGCUGAUAAAGCUGGUUUAAAGGCACAAAAGCACAAAGGUACUGCCCAAAAACCAGAGUUAUUCAACGAUCCAAAGAAAUUAGAAGCCUAUCAAAAUCUCUUCUAUUUACUUCAAACUGAACCAAAAUAUUUAGCCGGUUUAGUUUACCUCAUCCAACCAGAGCAAAUGGAGUCCUUCUUAGGUACUGUUAUUUUAACCUUAUUUGGUGAUGCUUUCACUCCAAGAGAAGAGUUCCUUUUACUUUCAUUAUACAGACUUUCAAUUCAAAAAGAAAUGGCAAAUAUUGCAACUGUUGGUGAUUUCUUAAAAGCUGAUACUGUCGUACCAAAAAUGAUUAUUACUUAUAACAAACGUAAACAAGGUACUGACUACUUAAAGGCUGUUAUUGGUCCAAUUUUAUCCAAUGUUAUUAAACAAGAUUUAAAUCUUGAAUUAAAACCAAGUGCUGUUUAUGCCGCCAUUAUCUCCGAACAAGAAAUUAGAACUGGUGAAAAGAGUACCUUAGAUAGAAAUGUUUCUGAUGAUAAAGCUCUUGAAGUUCCAGAAGUUACCAAGACUAUUAAGGCUCGUGUUGAACAAUUAGUUUCAAUUUGUGAUCAAUUCCUUGAUGGUAUCAUUUCAUCAUUAAAUCGUUUACCAUAUGGUAUUCGUUGGAUCUGUAAACAAAUUCACCAAAUUGCUGAAAAGAACUUCACCAAGAGUACUCAAGAUGAAAUUCUCAAAGUUAUUGGUUACUUUAUUUACUAUCGUUUCAUCCAAGUCGCUAUGGUUUCACCAGAGGAAUACGAUUUAGUUGGUCGUGAAAUUCACCCAACUGCUCGUAAGAAUUUAAUCAAUGUCUCUAAAGUCUUACAAGCUCUUUUCAAUUUUGCCCAAUUCGGUGCUUCUGAAAAACAUUUCGUUCCAUUAAAUGGUUGGAUUUCAUCACACAUUGGUGAAAUUAAACGUUAUCUCGAAGAAAUUAUCGAAGUUGGUGAACCAGAAGAUUACCUCCAAGUUGAUAAAUACAUGGAACUCACCCAAAAAACCAAACCAGUUAUUAUCAUUUCACUUCCAGAAAUUUCAUCAACCCAUCAAUUAAUCUCCAAACAUUUAGAUUCACUUGUUGGUAAAGGUGAAAAAGAUGACCCAAUGAGAAUCAUCAUGAAAGAACUCGACGAAUUUGGCCCACCACCAGAAAUUGCUGCUGAUGAUGACCGUGAAGUUCAAUUAACUCUCUCCAAUAAAUUCCAAAAAACUAUUGAAGAAGAAUUAUCACCAGGUGAAAGCUUACUCUCACAAACAAAAGAAAUGGUUAUUUCAUUACUCAGAGCCCUUCCAACUCUUCCAGAACAAAAAGAUCAAACUGAUGAACCACCAAAUCUUGUAGAUGUAUUAAACAGAGCUCGUCAAUCUGAUCCAUCUUUAGAACCAGAAAUUAAAAAGAUUUUAGACAACCUCAAAAAACUCGAAGAAUACAACCUUACCACUGCUGCUGAUAACUAUGCUUCAUUCUUAAAGGCUGUUGCUCUCGAAGUCGUUAAUCGUGCUGAAAUUCGUGAACAACAAAAGAAAGAAAAACAAAGAUUAACCACCUCAUUAAACAAUCUUCGUAAACAUCAAAAAUACCUUAAUGAACAAAUUGCUCAAUACAAUCAAUAUCUUCAAGAUUGUCGUCUCAAACAUUAUCAAAACAAAAACAAAAAGAAGAAGAAGGGAGAUGGUGCCAAAGUCGGUCCAUUCAAAUUCUCAUUCUCAGAACUCCACAAAAAAGGUGUCAUCGUAGACUCUGAAGUACCACAAAUGACCAGAAAGAAGAUCAAGUUCGUCAUCUCUUCUGAUACAGUUGGUGUCUUUGAUGUUUCUGCUAAGAUGGCCGGUAUCGAUGUUCAAACUAUGAGAUUAGAAUUAGAUGAUCUCUUAGAAUUAAACUCAAUUGGAACCACCACUUUAGAGCUUGACCAAAUUACUUUAGAUGUCAACAUGACCAUCCAUCUUUUAAAUAAACUUUUCAUGGCUUAAAUUUUUUAAACCAAAAUUUUAAUAAAAAAAAAAAAAUAUAUUUUUGUAAUAAUAAUUAUUUAAAAAAAUAUGUUUCAAUUUAUUU